CCCCGCCCCACAAAACUACAAAGCACCAAAGACCUCGAAACAACUAAACUAAGCUAUUUGCAUGGAGUUCGCGUCCACGAUCUUCAUCUACACUUUCUGCCUCUUCCUCUCUUACCACUUCCUCGUGAAAAUCUUAAAACCAAUCGUCGUCAACAACAACAACGACGACGACGAGGAGAAUCCGAAGCUCCCACCGGGGAAAAUGGGAUGGCCUUACCUGGGCGAAACCCUCCAACUCUACUCCCAACAUGACCCGAACCUCUUCUUCGCCACAAGGAAGAAGAGCUACGGGGACGUGUUCAAGACCAGCAUCCUGGGCUGCCCUUGCGUCAUGCUGGCCAGCCCGGAUGCGGCCCGGUUCGUGCUGGUCACCGCUGCCCAUCUCUUCAAACCCACGUACCCCAAAACCAAAGAAAUGCUCAUCGGGAAGUCGGCUCUCUUCUUCCACCAGGGUGAUUACCACUCUCGCCUGAAAAAGCUCGUCCAUGCCUCGCUUUCUCCGCACCGCCGCCUCCGCCACCUCACCCCUCGCAUCCAGUCCUUAGCCCUCUCUUCUUUGCACUCCCUCGUCGCCUCCUCCGCAGUCGUCUCCACCUUCCACGAGCUGAAAAAGUAUUCGUUCGACGUCGCCGUUCUGGCCGUCUUCGGAGAAGUAGUGGACGGCCGUUGCAAGCGAGAGUUGAGCCGUAACUACGGAAUAGUGGAGAAGGGCUACAAUUCUUUCCCCAACAGAAUCCCAGGGACGGCUUACCACGGGGCUGUCUCGGCGAGGAAGCGGCUGGGGGAGAUUGUGCGCGAGAUAAUAAUAAUAACGAGGGAUCGGCGGAAUAAGGAGAAGAAAAGUAGUAGUAGCGUUGAAAAGGAGGGCUUGCUGGGACAGCUGCUCGAUUUCAAGGACGGGGAGGGUGGAACGUUGACCGACGAGGAGAUCGCCGACAAUAUCAUCGGGGUUGUGUUCGCGGCGCGGGACACUACGGCUAGCGUGUUGACUUGGGUGCUUAAGUUCCUCGCCGACGACCACAACCUACUCCAAGCCGUCAAGGCGGAGCAAAUUGCGAUUUAUGAAGCCAACGAGGGAGGCGGGGAGUGCUUAACAUGGGGACAGAUCAGGAAUAUGCCUCUUACGUAUAGGGUGAUUAUGGAGAGCUUGAGGAUGGCCAGUAUCAUAUCAUUCACAUUCAGAGAAGCAGUAGCUGAUGUGGAAUACAAAGGGUACUUGAUACCAAAAGGGUGGAAAGUGAUGCCACUGUUCAGGAACAUUCAUCACAGCCCAGAAUUUUUUCCUGAUCCACAAAAAUUUGACCCUUCUAGAUUUGAGGUUCCUCCAAGGCCCAAUACAUUCAUGCCAUUUGGGAAUGGAUCGCACGCUUGCCCAGGAAACGAACUUGCCAAACUUGAAGUCCUCAUCUUCCUCCAUCACCUUCUUACCAAUUUCAGGUGGGAAGUGGCGGGGAAGGCAAAUGGAGUUCAAUAUAGUCCAUUCCCUGUACCUCUAGAAGGGUUGCCCGCUAGAUUUUGGAAAGAGCCACUUUCAUCAUCAACCCCUCUAAAGCACAGCUGCAACCCCUUCUAAUUUGUCACUUAACCGUACACCUUUUAAUAUUUUCUUCUCCUAAUUGUAUUUGAUAUGGAAAAUCUCGCUGAUGCAAAACUCAUUAUAAUCUUUGAGUUUCAUGAUUAUCGCAGUGUACAGUAUUAGAAUGUCAAAAAAGUAUAUAGCCGCAAAACAAAGCUGGGAACAACUCUCUGUAGUAAUCAGUAAUCACACUCGCCAAAGAGAUGGAUUAUUUUAGCCAUGGUUACAGAGAUUACAAUGGAAAGGAGCUAGAAAAUCCCAUUGACUCAUCUUCUUCUUUGUUCGAAUCUUUUCCUCUAACAAUCAGCCAAAUCAAAAAUCCAUUUCAUG